AUGUUUGUCGUGGGCUCUGGUGUGCGAGGUCAUGAGCAGAGGAACUUGAGUUUUUCUCUCCAUAAAUUACUCUCAAGAACCGUGCAAUCCUCGGAGGUGGGCGGAUGGAAAAACGAGAUGGAGGUGAGGUUGGGAGGGGUUCUGAAUGGGAGCUCGAUCGACCGGCGGUUGGAGGGGUCAAAGAAGAAGAGGGUGGAGUCGGGCCGGGAGACGAGCAGCCAGCCGUGCCGGGAGCAGCGUAUCUCGGCAUCCUUCGGGAGCUCCGGGAAGGUCUCGUGGAAGAAGAAGUGUCGGCUGCCGAUUGCAAUUGAAGAUGAAACAGGAUCCAUACGCGCAAUGUUGUACGGUUCUGAUACGGAAAGAGUUAUUCCUUUUAGUGGAACUGAGAUGUAUGAAGCAGAACAGCAUCAUGUUAUAUGCUUCAUUAAGCACUACGAAUCAACUCAACACACAGUCUUCAAGCUUUAUACUGUCGACGUCAUGAGUUCCUACAAAAAUUUUGACUGGUUUGAAAGCACUCAGAAGAAACCACAGCUACCCAUCCUCAGAUAA